AUGUCUUUUCACGUUCACAAAGUUCAUCUGAUUAUCGUAACUCUUUUCGCUCCAUAUCCUCCUUCUCACACCAGACAUGAGCCUGCCAACCGCCGCUUCUCGUCUCACCAGCGGCUGCAUCCCUCAGGAAUCUGCAAACCUCACCUGCCAAAUCCCCUGAAAAGUCGCCUGACGAGCCACGCGACAGGAUACAGCGAAGGGGAUGAGCAUGAGGCCAAGUCUCAUGCGGCGCAUCAGGCGGAGGAAGAGAAGAAACAGGAGAGCCAGCAGCAGCAGCCGCUGCAGUGGUUAGCGGAAGGAGCCGCUGCUGUGCUGAAGGGGGCUGUGGAGGGGGGUGUUGUGGCUGCUGCGGUGGGGGCUGUGCUGGAGGCGAGUCAGCCCGCGGAGGAGCAUUCGGAUUUGGACGCGCGGGAGAAGGGCGAGGAGUAUUCCGCUACCAUGCAGGUGGCCAUGGGGAACACAGCUACCUCAUGGUACUUUGAUCUGGAUAUCAACCCGAUCAUCGAGCGGGCGGCAGAGCGUGGCGACAUUCGGCACUUGUGGACUGAGAUCAGGGACUUUGACCCCUUUGACCUGCGCAUGCAGCUGCCGAGGGCUGUAGCAGCGCUGCACAAGGCAGUGAUGGAGUGUGGCACGGCGUACGUGCACUGCACUGCCGGUCUCGGCAGGGCCCCGGCUGUAGCGGUGAGUCCGGCUGUAGCGCUGAGUCCGGCUGUAGCGCUGAGUCCCGCCUGCUCCUCUCUCCCUUCUGUGCUCCUUUUCCCUUCCACUCCUCUCCCCAUCCGUUCUUUUCCCUCCUACGCCUCCUCUCUCCUCGCCUUUCUGCUUCCCCCCACCUCAAUGCUCCCCUCCCUACCCCCCCACCUCAAUGCUCCCCUCCCUCCCCCCCCACCUCAAUGCUCCCCUCCCUCCCCCCCCACCUCAAUGCUCCCCUCCCUCCCCCUCCACCCAAUUCCCUCCCCGCCCUAA